AUGGAUUCAAAGCCUUUACACCCACUUCACCAAAUUGCAGAAACCCCAACCCACAAGCUUCUUCUCAAGCAAUGGCUAAAAGAAGAAGAACUAAUCCUCAACCGAAUCGCUCUCAAAGAGAUCCAAAUUGACUCGGUCCGAAAAGAGAUCACCCAACUCUAUUGUUUCUUCUUCCUCUUUCACUCUAUGGCUCUGAUCUUCCUCUUCAGUGCUUCUUCAAGGGCCCCAAGUGGUGGGUAUUGCCACAGAUCUUGGAUCCCAUCUCUCUGUUCUCUCUUCUGCUCUCUUGGGAUCAUAUGGGCGGUUCGAUACAAAACUGACGUUGAGGGUCAUUUAGAGAAGCUGUUGGAGAGAGAAAAAGAGGACGGGAAGUUGUUGGCUAAAUGUGUCGAAGAAUUGAAGAAAAAAGGGGUUGAAUUUGAUUUGUUGAAGGAGGUAGAUGCGCUUAGGAGGGCUAAGAGUUUGCGUGUUGAAUCGAAAGUGGUGCGAAAAUGGUCGGCUAGGGACUUUGUGACUCUCUUCUUCUUCACUGUGUGUUGUUUGGUUCUUGGUCUUACGAGGGUUAUACUCUGUAAUUAA